UGGAAAGUUGAAUCUGGCGGACACCAUGGCGCCUCGGGCCAGAUGCCAAAUGCAGUUCAACCGAAACUCUCCUCCAACUUGACAGUACACGCUCUCGUGACAACAAAGUUAAUGCGACUACUUUUCAUUCGAGCACCAAGUACGUCCUGUCAACCGAAAGGGCCUCGAAUUUGCGGUCUGUUUAGGCGAUCUCUCAACGAGUACUUGCUCUCUGCCUCUGGCACUCUGUCACUCCCCACUUUGCCAUCUCCACCCUCGAGCCCAGCUCUUAACUGGUUCACUUAA